AGCGGAAGAACAGGCGCGCUCUGGUCUCAGUUUGAAUCACAGAAGAAAGCUAUACGCUGUCGGUGUCACCACUAUGUCUCAAGAUCAUAAACUCCAGGAACUGGGGGGGACGGGGGAGGCGGUUUUGGCCAUCAUCAACAGCGCCCAGCUGACGUUACUGAGACGAGUGAAAGAUGAACAUCUGGCUCUUUUUGACCAACAUAUAGAAACAAAAAAGAUCAUGACACAGAUCUUAAGAGAUGUUGCUCAGACUGAGGAGGGUGCAGGUCAGAGGCUGCUGGACAUGGAGGAGCAGCAGAAGCAAAGGGACAAGGAGCUGGAGAUCCUGGACGAACAGCUGAGGAAGUGCACAGCCAAGAGCCAGAUGACUGACUCUGAAUUACAAUUUCUGCAGAGCGAGUUGGAGAGUCUGAGAAACACCGAACACGAGCUUGAGAAUCUUCAGACCGAGGUGGAUGAAGACACCACCGAGGUCAUCCCGUCAGCAGUAUAUGUGGCUCAGAUGUACUACCUUAUAACCAAGAUCAAGUGGGAAUAUGACACACAACCCAACACCUUAAAAGGAGUCCACUACGGAGCAGACCUGGCCACGCCCAUCAACAUCGACACCUCUCAGCGAUGUCGGAGUGACGUAAGCGACCAGCUGUGGGGCUUCGUGAGCACUGAGUGGUAGCUGAAGGGCCGUGGUGUCACAAAUUAUGUUAAUAUUCUUCUCCUUUGUCUUCACAUUUGUUUGUCUUCUUCUGUUCUAUACAACACUGAUACUUUUUAAAAAAUAAAUAUCUCACAACUUCA